AGUCAAAACGGGUUCGAAUCUAGAGCGUAGCUGUACGAUUUUUUGGCGAUUUUUGCGGUUUUCUGGACAAAGAGGCGCCGCAAUCGACGGCGGCAAUAUUCCGAGUACAAGGUAACACUACAACCACCACUACAAGUACAACAAGUACUAACGGAAUUGCUCAGAAGCAUCAACCAACAACACCACUAGUAAAAGCAGAAGUCUCAACAAAUCACAUUUCAAAAGAUCGUUCAAAAUCAAUAUCAAAAGACGAUAUAAUGAUUGAAACACUGACAUCAGAACAAGCAGCAUCACAUGAAGUUGUUCCAUGUACACAUCAACUUCGAACAAAUCUUGAAGAGGGUCUCACAACGGCAGAAGCCACAAGAAGGAGACAAUAUCAUGGAUAUAAUGAAUUUGAUGUUGGAGAAGAGGAACCUAUUUAUAAAAAAUAUUUGGAACAAUUCCAAAAUCCAUUGAUUCUUCUCUUAUUGGCUUCUGCAUUUGUGUCGAUUGUUAUGAAACAAUAUGAUGAUGCGAUAUCGAUUACGGUAGCUGUUGUCAUAGUUGUUACUGUUGGAUUUGUGCAGGAAUACCGUUCCGAAAAGACGCUGGAACAACUCACCAAACUCGUUCCACCAACGUGUCACGUGCUCCGUGAUGGAAAAGAGGCAAUGAUGUUGGCUCGGGAGCUUGUACCCGGUGAUAUUGUACUUCUGAACACGGGAGAUCGGAUCCCGUCCGAUUUACGAAUCGCCGAGAGCUUCUCACUUCAAAUCGACGAGAGCUCACUGACCGGAGAAACUGAGCCGAAGCAUAAGGAAACCCGUUCAGUGCCGGCCGCAUCUGCCACCGGAUCCGAUGUUGAACAUCUCACAUGCAUCGCCUUCAUGGGAACUCUUGUCUGCGCUGGCCGUGGCCGAGGAAUCGUCAUUUCGACGGCCGCCAAUUCACAGUUUGGAGAAGUGGUAAAGAUGAUGAUGGGUGAGGAGUCUCCGAAGACUCCACUGCAAAAGAGUAUGGAUGAUCUGGGAAAGCAGCUUUCGAUCUACUCAUUUGGCGUCAUCGCCGUUAUUUUCCUAAUCGGAAUGUUUCAGGGUCGAAAUGUGGUUGAUAUGUUCACAAUUGGUGUCUCCCUCGCCGUCGCUGCAAUUCCUGAAGGUCUUCCAAUCGUAGUUGCCGUAACACUAGCAAUCGGAGUAAUGAGAAUGGCCAAACGCAGAGCUGUCGUGAAGAAGAUGCCAGCAGUCGAGACUCUCGGAUGUGUAACAGUAAUAUGUUCGGAUAAAACUGGAACACUGACAAAAAAUGAGAUGACAGCACAAGCCAUCGCUACACCAGAAGGAAAACUCGCUGAAAUCACUGGAAUCGGAUAUUCAGCAGAAGGAGGUGUUGUUCAGUAUCAAGGAGAACAAGUUCAUCAAUGGACACAUCCAGAAUUUGCGAGAAUUAUUGAAGCUGGAUUAGUUUGUAAUAAUGCUACUAUUGAAGCGGAUAAGCUUAUCGGACAACCCACGGAGGGAGCAAUUGUAGUGUUGGCAAAGAAAGCACAGUUGGAAGGAGUACGAUCAGAGUAUAAGAGACUUCGAGAAAUGCCAUUCUCUUCAGAUACUAAAUGGAUGGGGGUUCAGUGUGCUGAUGCACAUGGGCAGAAUGUUUAUUUUAUUAAAGGAGCCCUGGACCGUGUGCUUGAUCAAUGUGGAACAUACUAUUCAUCGGAUAAUCAACGUAAACAGUGUGAUCAAUAUUCUCGUCAACACAUUCUUGAAAUCGGAAAAGAGCUCGGCCAAAAAGGGCUCCGUGUGCUCGGUUUGGCACGUGGAGAGAGUAUGCAAUCUUUGAUGUUUCUGGGAAUGAUUGGAAUGAUGGACCCACCACGUCCUGGUGCUGCAGAUGCGAUUAGUAUUGUUAAAGCUAGUGGUGUUGAUGUUAAGCUUAUCACUGGAGAUGCAAUGGAGACGGCUCAGAGCAUUGGUCAAUCCCUCGGUAUCCUCUCAUCCUCCGAUUCCUGCCUCUCCGGCCAACAAGUCGAUCAAAUGUCGGAUCACGAUCUGGAGCUAGUCAUCCGUCAAGUUACCGUAUUCUACCGAGCAUCGCCACGUCAUAAGCUGAAAAUCGUGAAGGCACUGCAGGCACUCGGUGAGGUCGUCGCAAUGACCGGAGACGGUGUAAAUGAUGCUGUGGCUCUUAAAAAAGCAGAUAUUGGAGUGGCAAUGGGUGUAUGUGGAACAGAUGUAUGUAAAGAAGCAGCUGAUAUGAUCCUUUGUGAUGAUGAUUUUUCAACGAUGACCGCGGCGAUUGAGGAGGGAAAAGCCAUUUAUCACAAUAUCACGAAUUUUGUGAGGUUCCAAUUGUCGACAAGCGUCGCCGCCCUGUCACUAAUCGCCGCGUCAACAAUGUUCAAAUUCGAUAAUCCAUUAAAUGCAAUGCAAAUCUUAUGGAUUAAUAUUAUAAUGGACGGACCACCGGCACAAUCACUUGGAGUUGAACCAGUUGAUGAUGAUAUUAUUAGGCAACGACCACGAAAUACGAAACAACCAAUGUUAACCGGAAAAUUGAUUGCCGAUAUUCUCGCGUCUGCCGCGAUUAUUGUUGUCGGCACGUUGAGUGUGUUUUAUAAAGAGAUGUCAGCCGACAAUAAAGUAACACCACGUGACACGACAAUGACAUUCACCUGUUUUGUCCUAUUCGAUAUGUGGAAUGCCCUUUCAUGCAGAUCAUCACGUAAAAUGAUAUGGCAAAUCGGACUGCGACGGAAUCGAAUGUUCUCGUUGGCUGUGUCUGCCUCACUUAUCUGCCAGCUUCUCGUCAUCUACUGGGCACCACUUCAACACAUUUUUCAGACUGAAGCACUUUCUCUUUUUGAUCUCAUCUUCCUGACAACAAUCACAUCGUCUGUGUUCAUUUUCAACGAAACUCGGAAAUAUUUCUCACUUCGCUCCAAAUCGCUCAACCACGAUCCCCUGUCUGUCAGCGGAAUUUAAAUUCAUUUUUUUUUGUUUGGAAAUUUCAAAAAUUCUACGCAUUUCCAUGUUUUUUCUUCUAGUAUCAUAUAUUUAUUAAAUUAUUUUUUCCGAUUUUUUCCCUCCUUCCUAGAUUUUAGUGACACUUUUUUUUACAAAACCAUACGGGAUACCCAUAAUUUAUUCGACUUUUUUCUUUCUAGUUCAUUUAUCGAUUUUUUCUGAUUUAAAAAAUUCCAAAUUUUUUGAUGAUCUAGGUCUCCCCACAUUCACAUCAUAUACAACAAAAUCACCCGAAUCCUGUGAAAUGAAAUGAUGAAU